AAAUAGGAACGCGGUGUCUAUACGUCAUGCAGAAUUCGUUCACAAUAAUGCAUCAAUCGGGUAUAAAAAUCACCCAGACCAAACAGAUGGUUUUUCUGCUGUUUAAUUUUAGGUGACAUUGAUUUUGCCACUGGGGGGCUUUGUUCCAGUCUAUACACGGCAUAUGUCAAGGGGACAACCGCAUCAUUACUCUAAUUAUUCAUUGCUCGAGGGAUCGCGGCGAGAGAGGUGACGCAUUUGACGGGUUAAUCAAUUCAUUAUUUUUAAUGCCAACAAUUUUUUCGACAAUGACUUGAAAACGUAAUCAAAAUAAUCCCUCGAAGAUUGACUUACUGUAAUAAAUUAAGACAAAUUGGCGCUAAAUUUACGAAAAUGCACAGAUAUUUUCUCUGUCUUCAUUUGUAUAGUCGAUGCCCUUGACCUUCUCGACAUUAAUUAACGUUUAUAAACUAAAAAAAUCCGUGUAUUCGAAAUUAUAUGAGUUAUUCUAUUAAAAAUCACUGGCCGUUGUCAGUGGAAUUGAGAAUAAAUUGAUAAUGUCAUCUGUAUCGCACUAAUUGAAAAAAUAUCGGGAAUCACUGAAGUGGGAAUCGUUGCAAGGUCGAUCGACGAAAUAUUAGGCUUCGGUGUUGUGUUCAGAGGCUCGAUUGCGCUAUAAAUAGUGGAGCUUCGCAUGUAUCACUUCAUGUACUCGCCGUGGUACACGAUGUUAAACGGUGCAGAACAGUUCACAUGCCCAUGGUGCGGGUGAGAGCUUCAAACGUUCGUCGGUCCAUCGGUCGUGCUUUUUAAUUCAGUCUGUCUCGGGUUGUCGGCACAGAUACCAGUCGUUCUGUGGCCUCUUCAAGCUUAAACAUCACCCGUGCUCCAUUCAAAAGUUUUCGCGGCUUUGUAAAUGAACGGGAUCGAAUAGAUUGCAUCUGUGAAUUUCGGUGAGAGGACAUUCCACUGUGGGCUUUAUAUUCUGAGGAUUUCCUCUCCAUCAGCAGAGCGAAACCACCGUUAAGUUUUCGGUAUUUUAAAUUGCACUAGGUCGGUGGCAGCUGCCCAGCUUCAGCUAGUCAAUUUUGAAAUUGUCCUGAGUAAUCUGUCAUUGAUUUCUGACAAAAUGAGCCUCCGGUGGAUUCAAGAGAACCAGAUCGCCCCAACGUGCGACGAAGAAUCCAGUGACAUUGACAACAGUGGUACUGAUGACAGUUACGACACAGAUUUAUCGAUACAUAACGAUGAGAAUGACAACUCUGGCAAAAGAAGGGAAAAACGAAAUACAACCCGGCACUCAACCACAACGGUCACCUUCGAUGAAAACGGGACAAUUGUUCGUGAUAGUACAAAUAUUGUGGAGAAACCUUCUACGUGUUUGGUUUGGGAUCCACGCACUUCUGUUCAGAAUCCUGCUUAUCAGUGCCGAUUAAUAAAAUUAUUCUGUCGAAACGGAUACCAUCUGACUUUGUCACCUGCUGGACGGGUUUGUGGACAGGCGAUUAUCGAUGAUCAAAUAGCAUUAUUCAGCGUAUCAUCAGUAUCCUUCGGAGUAAUUAGAAUACAAAAUCCAGAAACCGGGCAUUUUUUAGCGUUCAACAAAAAAGGACACCUCUACGGCGAGUUAAAAGAGCACAAAGACACAACAGAAUGGGAGCAGUGGAGUAUCGGUUCAUACGAGGCAUUCAGAUCUCACAAAUAUGCAGCUGAGGGCUGGUGGAUCGGGAUAAAGAAGAAUGGGAGGCCAAAAUCAGGACCAAAAACUGCAUGGGGACAAAAAGCAAUUCAGUUCCUAGUAAUAGGACACCAUUAGACUGUUGUUAAUUGGAUCACCACUGAGCCAUUAAAAAAUGCGGUUUUUAGUUUUCAAUAUUUAUUAUCAUACCGUGACUUAACAAUGGAAUCAUCUCAUAAUCUCAUAAUUGUGCAGUCAUUGUGCUUGUGCUCAUGAGCCUCCACUUUCCGAUUAGCAAGUUACAUUACGAUUCUUGUAUUAGAAGUGAUCAUGUCAAGCCAUCAGUUGUCUGUAUCCACGUACACAGGAAUAAGCAGCAAAUAAUAUGUAUAAGAUAGAGCGAAAUAUAUAAUUAAUCAUUUUUAUCA